AUACACAUAUUUUCGGCAAGCAAAUAAAUAUUAAACAGACAGCUCAUUCUAGUAAAAUCAAGUCUGAUCAGCUUCUUGAGAAGGCUGAAAAUGGAGCAUGACAUGGGAUGGUUUUUCACAGUUUUGAUGGUUGGAAUUGUUGCCCUUUUUGGUUUCUUGAAGAAGGCAAAUGAAUGGUUUUGUGUUAAAAAAUUGGACAAAAAUCAAUGCAUUUUACCUCCAGGUGAUCUAGGCUGGCCUUUUAUUGGGAAUAUGUUGUCCUUUGUCAAGAGUUACAAAUAUGGUGACCCUGAAUCCUUCAUCUCUUCCUUUACCACCAGGUAUGGCACUGGAGGGAUGUACAAGGCGUUCAUGUACGGAAAGCCAAGUAUUAUUGUUACAGCUCCAGAAGCAUGCAGGCAAGUCUUGAUGGAUGAAGAACAUUUUGUGUUGAGUUUCCCGUCGAAAUCCAUGACAGAUCUAACAGCAAAGAGAACAUUUCAUGGAGUUAAAAGGCAGCAACACAAGCUUCUACGACAGAUAACGACUGGUUCAAUUAUAGGUCAUGAGGCGUUAUCGGUGUAUGUUGACUACAUAAGGGAGAUUGCUAUUGCUUCAUUUGAUAAGUUGGCUAGCAGGAAAGACCCUAUUGAGUUGCUAACUGAAAUGAGAAAGUAUGCAUCUCAAGUGAUCAUGAGGGCACUCAAGGCUCGAGAGAACUUAACCAAGAUAUUUCAAGCAGCAAUAGAUGAAAGGAGGAUCAAGAAUGCUAGCGAUAAAUCUAGAACAAAGAGGAGCAUUUUGGAUUUAUUGAUGGAGAGCAAAGAUGAGGAGGGAAGGAAAUUCAGUGAUGAGAAGAUUGUGAACAUACUAAUUCUAUAUUCCUUUGGCGGCCAGAUAUCCACUGCCCCUACAGCUACGUGGGCGCUUCUCUACCUGCAAGAACAUCCAGAACUCUUGCAGAAAGCUAAGGAAGAACAAGAGGAUAUCGUAAAGAGAAGACCAUCUUCUCAAACCGCACUAACACUCAAUGAGAUCAGACAAAUGAAAUAUUUGUCCAAGGUAAUCAAUGAGACCCUACGUCUUGUUAAUGCCUCAUCACCACUCUUCAGAGAAGCGACAACUGCUGUUAAAAUGAACGGCUACACUAUACCUCAAGGAUGGAAGGUCUUGGUUUGGACAAGGAAUGUACAUAUGGAUCCUAACAAUUAUCCGAAUCCUAAGGAAUUUAAUCCUUCAAGAUGGGAUGAUCAUGAGACCAAGCCUGGGCAGUAUCUUCCUUUUGGAGCUGGACGCAGGUUUUGUCCAGGUGCAGACUUGGCCAGGCUUGAAAUUUCAGUUCUCCUACAUUAUUUUCUUCUCAACUACAGGCUUGAGCGGCUUAACUCAGAGAGCAAGGUGCAAUAUUUUCCAACGAUCAGGCAUACUGCCGAUUGCUUGGCAAGAAUUAGGAAGCUGUCUGCAGAAAACGCAUGAAGAAUAUUGUUUCUUUGAACUUCAGCUGAUGCUUGCUCGAGCAGUUUGAAAGUCACUAUGGAGCAAUUAUGUACAUAACUAAAUAAAUGAUUUCACCAUUCUGAUGGUCUUUUAUUUACAUAUGAAGCAAUGAUGCGGUGUGCCCAUGAAAGAGAACGCUUCACAUGUAUUUUCUGAAAACAUACAUCUAUGUAACAGAGUGAAAAUUGUCUAAAAAGAAUUGGAAGAUGAGAUUAAGAGGGUAAGAUGGUAU